AUGUCAAUUCAAGAUUUGAAGCCCGACUUCGUGUUGUUGGUACACUAUGAAAUCGAUAAUAACAACAAGGUAUUGGAACAAUCCAAGCUCGACUUGAAACAUCUCAUCUCAACUUUACACCACAAUGGAUUCUCCACUCAAAUUAGAGAACUGUCUCAAUUGGAAGUGUUGGUGUUUGUCAAGUUGUUAGGUUAUAAGUAUACGGAACAAGCUGAAAAGGAUUUGAUUCAAAACUAUGAAUUUGGUGUUACCGCACAUCCAGAUUCAAGAGCUGAACGUUUACGAAUCGUAUACAAUUUUUUGACUUCAAAACAAGGUUUAGAUAUCAAACCAAAAUCUUCUAAUUGGAUUUAUGUCAAACUGAUUGUUCCUAUAAACUCUGAUAAGUUUUAUUUAGAUUCGUCAAUUAUUGAAGAUCUAAAUUUGAACAAUCCUUUGAAGGAAUUUAACACAAAUUAUAUCGUUGAACAUUUUGGUCAAUCUACUGCCUUUUAUUUUGAGUUCUUAAAGACUUAUACUGUUGCUUUGGUCCCCUUGGCAGUGGUUGGCCUAAUUAGUUACUUCAAACGUGGCCAUAGCUACUCGUUAGCCUACUCCUUUGUUUCAGGAAUAUGGAGUGUUUUGUUCCUUACUUUUUGGAAAAGAAGAGAAAGCUAUUUGGCUAACGCUUGGGGAGUUCAGAAUAGUCAUUUGGUUGAUCAAUAUGCUGGUGAAUUGUCUGCCAUCAAUGAUAAAUAUGAAGAACAUUCAACGUAUUAUCAUAGCAUUAAAGAAAACCAAGCAUUUAAACGUUUCCUUAAACAGGUCGCAUUUGUACCUGUUGCUUUAAGUUAUACUGCUAUUUUAGUUGCUGUUCAAUUAUCAUGUUUUGUUUUGGAAAUAUUCUUAACGGAAAUAUAUGAUGGGCCUUUAAAGUCAAUGGUGUCUUUAAUCCCAACAAUUGCAAUUUCAGUAUUUGUCCCUGUCUUUACUAUUUUAUACAACUUUGCUAUUGAAAAGGCUGUUAAUUGGGAAGGUUUAGACAACUAUUACAGUGAAACCAAAUCUUCGGUUAUCAAGAGUUUUGUAUUAUCCUUCAUGACUUCGUACGUUCCAUUGUUCAUUACAAGUUUUAUCUACUUGCCAUUUGCUCAUUUGAUCCAACCUCAUUUGGGAAACAUUCGCACGUACUUAGCAGAGGCUUUAGGGAACUUCUCAUACGCCUCUUAUCUUCUUAAAUUGAAAAGUCAGGAAGAGUUUGUGAUCAACCAAGCAAGAUUGGAUAAACAAUAUAGAUAUUUUAUUAUUACCAAUCAAGUGAUCCAAAUUUUUUUGAAGUAUAUUCUUCCCGUGGUUAUCAGGUUAGCUACCUCUAAAACGAAGAAGAACUAUAAGAUUAAAGACAAGCCAUCAGAAAGUCAAUGGUUGAAUAAUAUCAGAAAGCUCAUGGCUUUCCCAGUGUAUAAUGUUCAUGAUGACUUCAGAGGAGUUAUUUUACAAUUUGGUUAUUUAACUCUUUUCGGUCCAGUUUGGUCUUUGGCUCCAAUUGUUUGUAUUAUCUUCAACAUUAUAACUUACAAGUUGGAUUACAUGAAAUUGACUGGUGGUAAAUAUUUCCAACCAUCAGUUCCUAAUAGAAUUGAUUCAAUUUACCCUUGGGAUAAUAUUUUGUUUUUUUUGACGUGGUGUGGAUCUGUCGUUGGUCCCAUUGUCACUUUAUUCUACAGACAUGGUACUAAGCCAGUUAAAGUGUAUGGAGAAGGUGAAUUUGGUUUGGAUAAAGCAAGCACCAAUCUUGACUCUCCCUUCUACUUUGUUCUUAUUCUCUUUGCAUCUGAGCAUAUCUUUUUCGGAUUAUAUUUCCUUUUUGGUACCAUUUCUUCAUUAUUCAAGACUGAAGCUGAAUGGAAGAAUGACUUUUUGGACAAUGAUAUUAAGUUGAGACACGAUUAUUAUACUGAGAAGGUCAAGUCAACUAUACCAGUACCAGAUGAUGGUGAAUGGUCCAAGUUCGACAUUAAGAAUGUUUUGAUGGAUGCAUCACACCAUCCUGACUUGGAAGUAGCAAAGCCAACAGAACCUGAAGUAAUUGGAAGCUCUUCUCAGCAUCUGACUGGGGUACAAAAGAACCCCAGUGCAGACUUGAAUGCAAAGAGAGCUUCAUUGGAAGCUAUUAAGGAUCCAACUGAUAAGGUCAUUGAAACCAAGGAUAAAGAUGGUAAGACUGUAUUGUCAACUAUUGAUGAUAAUCAUCACUUUAAGCCAGAACCAGUUAAAACGCCUGUGGUUAAAAGCACAGUAGAUGUAGUGGAACCAAAGGAAGAAGUUGAUGACGAUGAUGAACCAGUAGAAGAAGUUCCUAUUCGUUCUACUACAAGAGAAACAAGCGAGCCUCCAUCUGUAAGCUCAGAUACAAGCAAUUCUUCCAGCUCAAACAAAGCAAAGACAAAGAUCAAGAAGUUUUUCAAAAAGACAUGA